AGGUUUUGAGAGGACCCCUACAAAUUCUUCUGUUCCCCAAGAAAACCAUUAUAAAAUCCAUUAUUUCACAUGGAUUUGAGGUAAAACAAAAAGUAUUCAAGAAAUUCUGAAAUGGGUCCAUCUCAAUCUCUCAUUCUCUCUCUCUCUCUCGCACUACCUGUCUUUUCCAUUCUCGCCUCCGCCUCCGCCUCCGCCUCCACCAACCUGGUUUUCAAAGGCUGCGCGGACCAGAACUUGGACAAUUUCAAUGGCUUCUACAAGCAAACACUCCAAAAUCUCCUGGACACCUUAAGCUCCAAAUCCUCCGCCGCGAAAUUCUAUAACGCCACCUCCGGCGACGGCUCCUCCGCCAUCGACGGGCUGUUCCAAUGCCGAGGCGAUCUAUCAAACGAUGACUGCAACAACUGCGUCGAAAGAGCUCAAGCCCUAGCGCAGAAGCUAUGCGGACAAGCCGUCGCCGCGAGAGUUCAGCUAAACGCGUGUUACUUGAGGUACGAGAUUUCCGGCUUCCGGCAGACCAACCCGACGGAGUUUCUGUACAAGGUUUGCGGGUCAACCCGGGCGAGCGGGGCUGGGUUUGGGGACAGGUUGGAUACUGCGUUGGAGGAAAUAGUGAAGGGUUUGGGAAGCGGGAACAGUGCGGGGUUCUACGCUGGCGGGUUUCAGUCGGUGUACGUGCUGGGUCAGUGUGAAGGCGAUUUAGACGGCGGGGAGUGCGUGAACUGUGUGAAGAACGCCAUAGACAGUGCUAAGUCUGAAUGCAGCAGCUCAAUCUCAGCACAGAUAUAUCUUCAACAAUGCUAUAUCAGCUACACCUAUUACCCCAAUGGGGUUCCCAACAACCAGAAAUCACUUUCAUCAUCAGGGAGGAACACACAGAAGACAGUUGCCAUAGUGCUGGGAGGGCUGGUGGGUGCUGGGCUGGUAAUGGCGUGUUUGUUGUUUGCAAGAUCAGCUUUCAAGAAGAAGACUCACACUUACAAGUAUGGUGGAUAGAGGUAAUAAUUAAUCAGUCCCAUUUUACAACAACAUAACAUAAACCUACACAUAUUGCAUAUAUAUGUUUAUUACAUCCAUGUUGUAAUUGUUGUUGUUCUUGAUAUCUUGGCAGGGACACAUGAAUAACUUGCACAAGUUUUGAGGGUUUAAUUAGACAAACACUACAUUAGGGUAUGUAAAAAGUGUAGAAAUCUAGCGUUUGUUUUCCACUUCAGAUGGAAUACUGAGAAAUAUUAUGCUGGUUGUAAUUAGUUUUGAUGUCUUUAUAUUGGUUAAAUUCAAAAGGUGUAGGGUUUUCUUCAUGUCCAAGUUUUCAUAUUAUUUUCUUUUUGGGUGCACAUAAGAGCUGUCUAUUUAGGAAAAGAAGGAUGGUGGGGAUUAAUGUUAGAGUGGUGGGACAUGAAUGAAUGUAUCAGUAUAUCCAUGAUUUAAUAAUUGAGAGGUGAAUGAAUUAUAGUA